UGUGGGAAAGUGUCACCAAAGGAUCUGUUUCUUAACCACAAGGUUGGAGGCUAUCGUAACACGUCAUCCUGACUUUUCGCUCCUCUUUUUGCUCUUCUUGCCAACAACCCUCUUUUUCUCUCGGGCUUGUGUCGUGAGGGCAAAGGACGAAGAUACUGUAGGAUAGAAUGAGAUGAUGAUGAUGAGACUACCAAUUCUUUUUCUGAUAGUACUACUGACACAAGAGACGGCUCUUGGCUUUCUGCAGGCUGCAAGUGCGCCCCUCACUGGUUCGCUGCGACCAGAAGAAUCCUCGUCAUGGACGUUGUCUUCGUCCAAGUUGUUUGGACCUGAUGAAGACGAUGAUAACAGCGAUGGAAAACAACGUGAUGAAGGGGCAGCUCUUGCCAAGCAAUUCUAUGAACAAAUCAAGCAACGUGAGCAGCAGACUGGAGAACGCGGGAUACUGGAAGGUAGGAUUUCCGGUCCUGGUGGUAGCAUUGGUGAAGAGGAGCCAGCUCCUGUCAUUAAGAAGAAAAAGUUCACUGGCAAACCAGAAUCUCCACCCUUCAGAGGCAGCAAUGCUGGAAGUUUUCGAAAGACACCACGAGAGCAGAUGAUGGAACGAGAAUUUCAGCUGGUGGGAAGAGCCGAGAAAGGUCUUGGCUUUCAAGCGCUCCUUGCAGUGGCUGUGGCGAUCCUGUACGCUUAUGUAGGUCUCACAGGGGGUAUUCAAAGUGGAGAUUUCUCAUCCAUUGACCUUGGUAACGAUGAUACUAUCGUCGAUGAGCUGGUCCUUCCUGUACCCAGGGACCAAGAAGCAAGCUACUGGCUGUAGAAGCAAUGACACAUACUGUAUGGGCAUCUUUUUUCAACCAUAGCUAGGUACCGGUAGAAGUGCGGAAUCCAAAACAAAUGAGGCUGUACUGAUACCGUAGUGGUACCGGUACUCAGGUUUCACCACAACUUCUUUCUGAGGGUUAUCAAUCCAUUGAAUCUACAUGCACUGGUCCCUACAACUAACUCUGGACUGCCAGUUGCAAAGAGUUCAUUUCAAGUUUUCCUAAUAAAUUUUAUCACACAAUAUGCAUGCCC